AUGGAAACCCGUGUCGCAAUCGCAUUAGAACGCAACUGCCAGUCCUGCGAUAGGCCGGAUUCGGCCGAAGAUGAAAUGGUACAGUGUUGUAUAUGUCAGCUGUGGGAGCAUUUCGGAUGCGCCGGCGUCGAUAUUACCAUAAAACUACCCAGUACCAUGUACGUUUGCAGAUCUUGUGCUGCCAAACAAGGAACGUCUACCAAUGGUAAGUUGGAGGUACCUGUCACCGACAAACGUCUGUCGAAAAGUUCUAAGGGUGGUUCGAAAGCAAGCUCCAAACCCGCUACCCGCAAGCAAAAAAAAGGCCAAGAACCGACUGGAAGUGUUACAUCCAGUAUGCGUGCUGCUAUGUUAGAAGAGCAACUGAAACUUGUCGAAGAAGAGCAGAAGCUAGCCGAACAAGAACUGCUUGAACAAGAGGAUGUCAAAAGGCGACAGAUGGAAGCAGAAGAACGUCAAUUGGAUGAAAAACGGAAGCUGGCAGAGGAGGCUAACCAACUCCGCGAACGCAGAUUCAAAGAGGAACUCGAGGCGAAGAGGAAACAACAGCAAGUCAGAAGAGCUUCAUUAGAAAAACGCCAAGACAUCAUUCGACAGCUUGCGGAAGUGAGCAUUAGAAGCGGAUCAGGGAAGAGUACGUUUGUAGAUUCCAAACAAAAGGUGGAAAGCUGGUUAGACGCACAAGAUGGUGGAUUACAUGAACGACAAGGUUUGCAGAGAGCUGCCUCUCCUCUCGAUCCAAUUCUCGAAAACUCGGCGGUUUAUCGAUCAAUCCCGAAACCGACUGUCACUGUGAAUCAACGUAAACCCCAUUCAUCGAUUGCAGAACCAAUACAACAACCAGUUCCGCACCCGCCGGCGUUAUCCCCGGAUGCGACAUUCAGUCGUACGCUCACACAAACACAGAUAGCAGCCCGGCAAGUUCUUGGGAAAGAUUUGCCUCUUUUCAACGGUAAUCCGGAAGAAUGGCCUAUCUUCUUCAGCAACUUCGAGCAGUCAUCAGCCACGUGCGGCUAUUCAGAUGCAGAGAAUCUGGUUCGUCUGCAAAGAUGCUUAAAGGGUCACGCCUUGGAAUCGGUAAGGAGCCGUCUGCUUCUUCCAGCGAGUGUACCGCACGUCAUCCAGACUCUGCGUACUCUCUAUGGCAGACCAGAGCUCAUCAUACGCUCGUUAAUGAGCAAAAUCCAGGACGUUCCAGCACCGAGACACGACCGAUUGGAAACGAUAAUCGAAUUCGGCCUCUCUGUGCAAAACUUUGUAGACCACAUGAAUGCAGCCAAUCAGCAUAACCAUCAAGCAAAUCCGGCUUUUAUGCAGGAACUUGUUGAGAAACUUCAUGGAUCCAUGCGACUAGAUUGGACCGUUUUCAAAAACAAAAACUAUCCAGCGACACUAGAAACAUUCGGAGAGUACAUGUCCGGAUUGGUGAUGGCAGCGAGCGAAGUGUCAUUUGAGCUCCCAAGCUCGAGAGAGAAUGCGAGGGGUGAUAAGCGGAAGUCGAAAGAGAGUGGAAUUGUUUUUGUACACUCUGCAGAUCACACCUUUUGUACGGCGAACAGUAAUAGUGUCAAGACAGCGAAGCCCUGUGUAGCAUGCGGCCGAACUGGUCACCGAUUAGCGGAAUGCCAUCAAUUCAAGGGUGCGACUGUAGAUGAACGAUGGAAACUUGUGCAACAGUACGGCUUGUGUCGAACAUGCUUGAAUAACCACGGAAUGUCAGCUAGCCAUGUGUUGUUGAAGCAUUUGAAAUGGCCACUUUUCCGCAUUGUACCUGUCGUUAUCUACAACGGCAGUCGCGCCCAAACAACAUUUGCAUUUAUUGAUGAGGGAUCGUCGUAUACCUUGCUGGAAGAAUCCGUGGCGAAACAGUUGGAUGUCAGUGGCCAGGUUGAACCACUAACGCUUCAAUGGACAGGAAACGUAAAAAGGAAAGAAUCGAGUUCACAACGUGUGCAGGUUUCCAUCUCUGGCAAAGGUUGCGCCACUCGCCACAAACUGAUCGAUGCUCGAACGGUCGGCAGCCUGGUCCUACCGUCGCAGUCGCUCAACUAUGGUGAAUUAGCGAAUCGAUUUCCUCACUUGCGUGGUCUACCUUUGGAGGACUACGAACUCGUCCAGCCCAAACUGUUGAUAGGUCUGGACAACUUGAGGUUAUGUGUCCCCUUGAAGAUGCGGGAAGGUGGUCCGACGAAUCAAUAG